UAUGGAGCACCAGAAUCAGGACCUCGGUGUGCACCCGGGCAACAAUCAGGCGGAGGUGCCGAACGAUCCAGGAAAAAUGUUCAUCGGCGGUCUCAGUUGGCAAACAAGUCCAGAAAGUUUGAGAGACUACUUUAGCAAAUUUGGAGAAAUCACAGAAGUUAUGGUUAUGAAAGAUCCCACCACGAGACGAUCGAGCUCGUCUGCAAUGGGAUUGGCUGAUUCCUCGGCUCCUCUGUACUCGCGACCAAGGGGUUUCGGCUUCAUCACAUUCGGCGAUCCAGCCAGCGUAGACAAAGUGUUAGCACAUGGUACUCAUGAAUUAGAUGGCAAAAAGCUCUGGAACCGUUAA